AGAUCAUCGCUAAUGGCCGGAAUAUUUUGUUGGCGCGCGGGACUCCGAAGAAGCACUCAAUAUGGCGGAAGUAACAUCCUCAGUUUCAACUAAAGGCUUUUCAACAGUGUCAACUAGCAGCACUGCUCCUGUUGUGGCUCCACCAAAAUUCUUAUUUGGUAGCGAGAUGUCAAAACGUGUAAAGCAAAAUUUGGAUGAUGGAAGUGACACAUCUGAUCAUGAAGAAGAACAAAUGCCAGCUGAUAUUGAUUUCCUUGAAUAUGCAUCUUCUGCAUUGAAGCGGUCAGCAGACUCAGAAGAUGAUGAAUCAGCAGACUUCAAUUGCCCAGAUUUUUCAUUCAAUCCAAAGAAAAUAAAAAAGAAAGAUCCUACAGAAAGUAAAAGUUCAAGUGUUCUUCGCCCAUCAGCCUUAUCUGCAAUUGCUGAAAAACUUUCAAAUCCAAAGCAAGAAGAUGAAAUAAACCAAGAUAAAGAACACGAUCACUCAGCAAAGACACAUGGUGAAUCAUCAAACAGCAACACUUCUUCAGACAAUUCAACAACAAUAUCACGACCUCAUCUUAUUGACACUCCAGCAGCUUUAAAUGCAGGAGCUGAAUCACAAAACUAUUUUCAACAGUUCCUUUCCGGCUCAUGUUCGUCCUCGACUUCGGAGUCAAAAGGCUCUUUCGUAUUUGGCCAAAAUAUCCGUGAUCGCGUUAAUGUUGAAACGCCAAGUAAGGAAAAUGAAGAGGUAGCAACUACAGUGAGUGAAAAAGUCACAAGUCCAAAAUCAUUAGCAGAUGUUGCUGAUACUGUAAGUACGACAGAUACAGACACGGAGACCGCUGGCUCGUCGAUUGCAGCUGCAGCGCAAAAAUAUGAAAGUGAGCAUUCUCCGCCAAAGAAAAAUCUCGCAGAAAUAAACGUGAUGACUGGAGAAGAAGAUGAGAGAAACGUCAUACAGUUGAGCUGUCGUUUGUUCGUGUUUUGUAAAGAAUCUCACUCGUGGUUAGGUAGAGGCAGAGUCACGUUGAAAUUAAAUGAUCAUUGUGAACUAAAUGCAGAAGGGACAUUUCAUUCAAGAUUAGUUGCCAGAACACAAGGCAAUUUAAGGCUGGUUUUAAAUACUAAAUUAUGGCCAGACAUGGUGGUGGAGAAGGCCUCAGAUAAAGCUAUCCGCGUUUCCGUUAUGGAGGAUGGCAACGUUAAUUUAUAUCUUAUUAUGGCAGCACCACGCGAGGCGCUUCAAUUAUACACUGCUAUGGACAGAAGAAUAGAGACAUUGAAGCGAGAGAAAGUACAUGAAAAGAAAACUGAUGACGAGUCAGUCAAAUCAUGUGAUGAAACAUCAAGAAGGGAAAACUUGAAAGAAAACAAAGAAGAGGAAAAUUUGUCAGAUAAAAGUUUAGAAGUCGACAAGGAAGAAACAGCCAACACUGAUACUGAUAGCACACUUUCAACAGAUCGCCAAAUAGAAAGCCAUGAUAUUGUGUGAACGAUAGUUAUCAUCCUAAUUUUGCAUUUCGCGAAUUAAUUUCAAGAGCCUUUUAACAGGAAAUUAUUUUACAAAUAAUGCAAAUUUUACUUGCAUCGAUUUUGAUAUAACUAGUUUAAUCUAGUUUUAAAAUAUAUGUUGAAGUCAGAUAUUACACGCAAGAACUAUGUAUUAUACGUGGAGCCUUAUCACAGUGGAAAAAGAGAUUAUUAUGUGUAGUGGUAAUUUUUUUACGUAAAAAUAUUUCCUUGAAUUUAUUAGAUGGCAAAAUGAUAUCAAACUUUUGGAAACACCCUGUUUUCAGUGCUUUGUGGUUUUUAAAUUUCUUUUGCUCCGUGCUGAUAAUUACCGUGCUGAUAAUUAAUUAAUAGAAUACAAGAAGUCACUUCUAUUUUAUUUAUCGGUUGAGUAAAAGAAACAUUUAAAGCUACUUUACAGAAAUGAAAGCUUCAAAAGUAAUAGGACAUUAACAUAAAUUGUAAAAAGUCUGUGACUGUAGUCUGUAGUGUACUGUGUAUAAGCAAUAAAAGUCAAAAUUCA